GACAGCCAAAUGGUGCGACAGGAGGAGCUGCCGCCGCGGCCGCUGCGCCCCGCACCGAGAGCUCCCAGGCGGCUCCCGGCGUCGCCCUGAGGGAACAGAGUCGGGCGGGCGGCGGCGGCGGCGGGCGGCGAGGGGAGCCGCGCCGAGGGCCCUCGCUCCCCGCCGCUCUCCAUGAGCCGGGCCGCCUGAGCCGCGCCUGCAGCCGGGGCCGCGCCUCCAUGACUCCUUAGGUUGCCGCUUUCUCUCCCCGCCCGGCUCCCGUCCCGCCUUCUCCCUCGGCCCCGUCGCUGGCCGCCUUCAGGUGCAGAGUCCCGAGCGGAGCCAUGGCGUCGCACCCCGACCGGGGGGAGAUCCUGCUCACCGAGCUGCAGGGAGAUUCCCGGAGUCUUCCAUUUUCUGAGAAUGUGGGUGCUGUUCAGAAAUUAGACUUUUCAGAUACAAUGGUGCAACAGAAACUGGAUGACAUCAAGGAUCGAAUAAAAAGAGAAAUAAGGAAAGAACUGAAAAUCAAAGAAGGAGCUGAAAAUCUGAGGAAAGUUACAACAGAUAAAAAAAAUUUGGCUUAUGUAGACAACAUUUUGAAAAAGUCAAAUAAAAAAUUAGAAGAAUUACAUCACAAGCUACAAGAAUUAAAUGCACAUAUCGUUGUAUCAGAUCCAGAAGAUGUUACAGAUUGCCCAAGGACUCCAGAUACGCCAAAUAGUGACUCUCGUAGUUCUACUAGCAACAAUAGAUUGAUGGCCUUACAAAAACAAUUGGAUAUAGAACUCAAAGUAAAACAAGGUGCAGAGAACAUGAUACAGAUGUAUUCAAAUGGGUCUUCAAAGGAUCGAAAACUCCAUGGUACAGCUCAGCAACUGCUCCAGGAUAGCAAGACAAAAAUAGAAGUCAUCCGAAUGCAGAUUCUUCAGGCAGUCCAGACCAAUGAACUGGCUUUUGAUAAUGCAAAACCUGUGAUAAGUCCUCUUGAACUUCGAAUGGAAGAAUUAAGGCAUCAUUUCAGGAUAGAGUUUGCAGUAGCAGAAGGUGCAAAGAAUGUAAUGAAAUUACUUGGCUCAGGAAAAGUAACAGACAGAAAAGCACUUUCAGAAGCUCAAGCAAGAUUUAACGAAUCAAGUCAGAAGUUGGACCUUUUAAAAUACUCAUUAGAACAAAGGUUAAAUGAACUUCCCAAGAAUCACCCCAAAAGCAGUAUUAUUAUUGAGGAGCUUUCACUGGUUGCAUCACCAGCACUUAGUCCACGUCAGAGUAUGAUAUCUACGCAAAACCAGUAUAGUACACUGUCCAAACCAGCAGCAUUAACUGGUACUUUGGAAGUUCGUCUUAUGGGGUGCCAAGAUAUCCUAGAGAAUGUUCCUGGACGGUCCAAAGCAACAUCAGUUGCACUGCCUGGAUGGAGUCCCAGUGAAAACAGAUCGUCUUUCAUGAGCAGAACGAGUAAAAGUAAAAGUGGAAGUAGUCGAAAUCUCCUAAAAACCGAUGACCUGUCCAAUGAUGUCUGUGCUGUUUUGAAGCUAGAUAAUACUGUGGUUGGUCAAACUAGCUGGAAGCCCAUUUCCAAUCAAUCUUGGGACCAGAAGUUUACACUGGAACUAGACAGGUCGCGUGAACUGGAAAUUUCAGUUUAUUGGCGUGAUUGGCGAUCUCUGUGUGCUGUAAAAUUUCUGAGGUUAGAAGAUUUCUUAGACAACCAGCGGCAUGGCAUGUGUCUCUAUUUGGAACCCCAGGGUACUUUGUUUGCAGAGGUUACUUUUUUUAAUCCAGUUAUUGAAAGAAGACCAAAACUCCAAAGACAGAAGAAGAUUUUUUCAAAACAACAAGGCAAAACAUUUCUCAGAGCUCCUCAAAUGAAUAUUAACAUUGCUACUUGGGGAAGGCUGGUGAGACGGGCCAUUCCUACAGUAAAUCAUUCUGGUACCUUCAGCCCUCAGACUCCAGUGCCUGCGGCAGUGCCGGUGGUUGACGUGCGCAUCCCAGAACUGGAACCUCCAGCUAGUGAUUCUACAGUAACCAAAUUGGACUUUGAUCUUGAACCUGAACCUCCUCCAGCCCCACCACGUGCUUCUUCCCUUGGAGAAAUAGAUGAAUCUUCUGAAUUAAGAGUUUUGGAUACAUCCAGACAGGGUUCAGAAACUGUCUUCGAUAUUGAAAAUGACAGAAAUAGUAUACGUCCAAAAUCCAAGUCUGAGUUUGAGCUCACUAUUCCUGAUUCGGGUCUUGGACACAGUGGCAUUCGAGAACUGGAGGACACGAGAUCUCAACAAAGGUUUCAGUUUAAUCUACAAGACUUCAGAUGUUGUGCUGUCUUGGGAAGAGGACACUUUGGAAAGGUGCUGUUGGCCGAAUAUAAACACACAAAUGAAAUGUUUGCUAUAAAAGCCUUAAAGAAAGGAGACAUUGUGGCUCGAGAUGAAGUAGACAGCCUGAUGUGUGAAAAAAGAAUUUUUGAAACUGUGAAUAGUGUAAGGCAUCCCUUUUUGGUGAACCUUUUUGCAUGUUUCCAAACCAAAGAGCAUGUUUGCUUUGUAAUGGAAUAUGCUGCCGGUGGGGACCUAAUGAUGCACAUUCAUACUGAUGUCUUUUCUGAAUCAAGAGCUGUAUUUUAUGCAGCAUGUGUAGUUCUCGGGUUGCAGUAUUUGCAUGAACACAAAAUUGUUUAUAGAGAUUUGAAAUUGGAUAACUUGUUAUUAGAUACAGAAGGCUUUGUGAAAAUUGCUGAUUUUGGUCUUUGCAAAGAAGGAAUGGGAUAUGGAGACAGAACAAGUACGUUUUGUGGCACUCCCGAAUUUCUUGCUCCAGAAGUAUUAACAGAAACAUCUUACACAAGGGCUGUAGACUGGUGGGGCCUUGGCGUCCUUAUAUAUGAAAUGCUUGUUGGUGAGUCUCCCUUUCCUGGUGACGAUGAAGAGGAAGUUUUUGACAGUAUUGUAAAUGAUGAAGUAAGAUAUCCAAGGUUCUUAUCUACAGAAGCCAUUUCCAUAAUGAGAAGGCUGUUGAGAAGAAAUCCCGAGCGGCGCCUGGGAGCUGGUGAGAACGAUGCAGAGGAUGUAAAGAAGCACCCAUUCUUUCGGCUAAUUGACUGGAGUGCUCUGAUGGACAAAAAAGUAAAGCCACCAUUUGUACCUACCAUCAGAGGACGAGAAGAUGUUAGUAACUUUGAUGAUGAAUUUACCUCAGAAGCACCUAUUCUAACUCCACCUCGGGAGCCAAGGAUACUUUCAGAAGAGGAGCAGGAAAUGUUCAGAGAUUUUGACUACAUUGCUGAUUGGUGUUAAGUUACUGGACACUGUGAAACUAAGCAGACUGACUUAUAAGAAGACCUCUUGAAACCCUUCAUCUGCUCCCUGUGCCACCAGUAGCUUCUGAGUUUUUUAAGAACACAUGAAGAUGUGUUUGAAAGUACUAUUAAUGCCUUCUUCUCAAUGUUCUCAAUACAAAUCUGAACACUGGAGGGCAGUUCCUUGGAAUUGAGGCUGAAUAAACAUGAACCAUGAAAAUCCAUCACAGAAAUGCUUUUUGAUCAACACUCUGUUUUAAAAAGAAGAGCCACUCUUUUGUAGUCCUCAUCUCUGCCAUAUGACUGACCUAAAUGGAAGGAAGAUUAAUUACUUAACUGUCUCACAAAAAGAAAAAAAACAGGGCUUAGAAUGCUAUUAUUGUUGUUCACAAAGUGUGACUUUGUUGACUAGGCAAAUAUGCUCUCUCUCUCUCUCUCUGUCUCUCUGUCUCUCUCUCUCUCUCUCUCUCAAUUUUUUAAAGAAAUCACCAUAAUAUGAAAAAAUGGAGUGGCAGUUUGUACACCUUUGAUUACUUCAUUUUUAAAAAAAACAAUGAAUUGAUGUCUAGUUUUAUAACUUUAUUUAUCAGGAGAACACUUUUUAUUGCCUUAUCUUUACCAGCCGUGUAACAGAGCCUCACAGCCUUCCAGCGGAGCUACCUGCCAAACUGUGUUUUUAUAAAA